AUGGCUCCCCUGGACGUUCAGCAGUAUGAUUACAUUGUGUUGGGUGGUGGAAGUGGUGGCAGUGGCAGUGGGCGCAGAGCUGCCGGCUGGUACGGUGCGAAGACAUUGAUCGUGGAAAGUGGGCGUUCCGGAGGUACUUGCGUCAAUGUUGGCUGUGUUCCUAAAAAAAUGACCUGGAACUUUGCGUCUAUUACUGAAGCCCUCGACGCUGGUCGGCACUACGGCUACGAUAUUCCCGAGAAGAUUAGCGUCAACUACCGCCAUUUCAAGGAGCUUCGGGAUGCCACCGUGAAACGCCUGAAUGGCAUCUAUGAGAGGAACUGGGGCAAUGAGGGCAUUGACCUCACGCACGGCCGGGCCCGCUUUGUCGAACCCAAGGUCAUUGAGGUCGAACUCCCCGAUGGAACGAAGACUCGGUAUACUGCGCCUCAUAUCUUGAUCGCGACCGGUGGUCGACCCCUCCUUCCGCCUGUCAAGGGCGCUGAACACGGUAUUACUAGCGACGGCUUCUUCGAAAUUGAAGAGCUCCCCCCCAAGGUUGCCGUGGUCGGAGCCGGUUACAUUGCGGUUGAACUGGCUGGUGUUAUGGCUACCGUCGGCGUUGAGACGCACAUGCUGAUCCGUGGAAACACCUUCCUGCGCAAGUUCGACACGAUGAUCCAGGAUACCAUGACGGAGCGGUACGAGGCCGUGGGUGUCAAGAUCCACAAACAACACCCCGGUAUCAAGGAGGUGCAGCUUCUCCGCGACGGCAAGGGUAAGGACAAGCUGCUCAAGUUGAUCUGCAACGAUGGAACCGAGAUGGAAGUGAACGAACUCCUGUGGGCUAUUGGACGUGCUCCUGAGAUUGAGGACUUGAAUCUUGAAAUCCCUGGCGUGACACUUAACAAGGGCAACCACAUUGCUGUCGAUGAAUACCAGAACACCAAUGUCGAGGGCAUCUAUGCUCUUGGUGAUGUCACCGGACACGCUGAGCUUACUCCUGUUGCCAUCGCCGCCGGCCGUCAACUAGGCAACCGCCUGUUCGGCGGUGAACAGUUCAAAACCUCCAAACUCUCCUAUGAAAACAUCCCCACCGUGGUCUUCUCCCACCCUGAAGUCGGCACGGUGGGCCUAACCGAAGCUGAAGCCCGCGCGCGCUACGGCGAUGACAACAUCAAGAUCUACCGUACGCGGUUCACAGCCAUGUACUAUGACGUGAUGCCAGCUGAGGAGAAGAAGAAGAACCCGACGCAGUUCAAGCUCAUCUGCGCCGGACCCGAGGAGAAGGUAGUUGGAUUGCAUAUCUUGGGUCUUGGAGUUGGCGAGAUGCUCCAGGGCUUUGGGGUGGCCGUGAAGAUGGGAGCAACAAAGAAAGAUUUUGAUUCUUGUGUUGCAAUUCAUCCCACUAGUUCAGAGGAGUUGGUGACAUUGCGGUAG